UUGGAUGAUAUAGUUUCUUUCAAGAAUAGUUCUCAAUAUGCUUUCGCAAUGAGAGUUGAGAGGAGAUUUUGUGUUUGAAUGAUGUAUAAGAUUUACAUAACCCUAGCUAGGUGCAGAUGAUCAAGCUCAGGCCAAUGCUCUUCUUUUAAUUGCUUGUCUCGAGCUGAGGCUGUGCUCCCCCAGGCCCAGGAUCUGCUCCCUAGUUUCAUCCACUCACACCAGAGAAGAAAAUGUCGCAUGGAAACUCUACCCGGGAGAUGCGGAUGGAAGCGAUGAGGAUGUUCGACGAGGGGAGAGAUGAAGAAGCUAGGGAGAUCUUUAGGAAGCUCAAAGACACACAAGGGGUGGCUGAGUUGGCGGUAUCGCGCGUUAUGGAGAAACUCAAUGUCGUGCUGAUUCAAGAACCAGGGGUUUUGGUUGGAGUUGAAGAAGAGGUUCAAUGGAUCCAAAGGAAAUUGAUGCGUCUUGGAGUUAUUCAUGGCUAUGACUUCACAGAGGAAUUAAUGGACGUUGCCUAUGAUUUUGAAGAUGUGAUUGAUGACCUUGUACUCAGAUCAGCAGCAAAGCAAAGGAGCGGAGGGAAUUGGGAGAGAUGCAUUUUAGUAAUCAGAAUUCACAAGAAGCUGGAAAUGAUCAAGUCUAAAAUCCCUCAUCUUCCUCCUGCCCAAGUACUUGUACCACUUUCUUCAAGAAUUCCUAAAUACUUGGAAGAAAUGGAGUGGUCACCCUUGUUCUCAAUACCUAGUCAGAACCUGGAAGACAUAGUUGUUUCCCCAGUGAAAGAGAAGCUAUCAGCUCUGCUAGUUCUGAUGGCACUUCAUCCCGAUACUAAGAAGAAGGCCAGGCGGGUACUAGAUGAAUUGGAGUCGCUGAGUAGUUUUCUGAAAGGCUUAGAAUUAGUAUAUUUGGAUGAUAAAGCAGGGGUCUGGAUGGAGAAGUUGUCCGAUGUUUCCCUUUCUGCUGUGGUUGUAAUUGAGGACUUCAUCAACAAUAACCAACAGCUCAGAAAGAAAAGCUGGAUGGGAUCUCCUUUCGGAAAAUCCAAAUCUCAGCAUGAUUUUGGCAUGAAGAUGGACAAAAUAUAUGCUAAGAUCCAAGAACUCUCAAUUUCCAAGCCUGAGAAAGCCACCCAAGUACAGGGUCAAAGUAGAGAGUUCAUAAAAUCUGAAAAGCACAUACCGUCACAGCAAACAACACAAAAUCCUCAUCUCGCUAGCUUUGAUGAUGAUGUCCAUGCAAUGACGACACGACUACUUGCAGCUGAUAAGAGUUUCCGUGUGAUUCCAAUUAUGGGCAUGGAAGGCAUUGGAAAGACAACCCUGGCAAAGUUGAUCUUCCACAAUAAAGCUGUUGUGGAUCACUUCCCAUUCCGUGCUUGGCCAUCUACAACUGCUUCUUCAACCAUAGGUGAUUCACGUCAGAUUCUCCUAGACAUAAUAAAACAAUUGAUGAACUACAAGAUGAGAGUCACGAGAGGUGCAGUGGUUUCUAGUGAACACGAAGAAAUGAUGCAGAAGCUGAAAGCCUUCUUGAUUAAUAACAGGUCUCUCAUAGUUAUGGAUGAUCCUUCUCAUUUCUGUUACUUGGACGGCUUGUUAAGAGUGCUUGCAGAUACAUCAAACAGGAGCAGAAUGAUUUGGAUCACUCGCAAAAUGAGUCUUCCUCCAAAUCUUAAAACGAGGAGUGAUCCUCACCCAUUGCGACUACGAGCAGAUGAGGAGAGUUGGGCAUUGUUUACCCAUGCUCUGAAGGUAAGAAUACCCUCAGAACUGCAAGAGCUGAAAGACAAAAUUGUCAGAAGAUGUGGGGGGCUGCCACUCCUGAUCGUAAAAUUGACAGAAUCACUCUCGCAGAAGGAUGCAACCAUUGAGGAGUGGUCCAGAGCACUUCAACAGCUUUGUCAUGACCAAGAAAAAGUCUGGUCCAAUACCCUCUGCAGGAUCUACAAGGAUUUGUCCUUGUACAUGAGGAGAUGUCUAUUUUCUCUAACUUUAUUUCCUCAUGACUCUGAUACCCCAACAAGAAGAUUAAUAACAUUGUGGGUUGCAGAGGAUUUGGUGCAAACAGAGGGCAGGAAUGAAGCUCCGGAAGAUGUUGCUGAGAGUUGUUUGAAUCUGUUGAUCGCCCAGGGAAUGGUUCAACUGUCAAAGAAGAAGCUUAAUGGGAAUGUUAAAACUGUUCGCCUGCCUGAUGCCCUAACACAAUACUGGUUAUCCAAAGCUCAGCGAGCCAGAGCUCUUGGAGAUCAUAUUUACACAAGAUCUGAGUUGUUCCCAGGCAAUGACAUGAUCCGUCGUCUUGUCGAUCAUCUUGAUCGGGACGAUAUAACCUUUGAUCAUAUCCAUGGAGGUGACCACACAAGUUCAACUUCUUUGACAUGUUACUAUCAAGAUGUCCUCUCUUUUCGGUCAUUUGAUACUCGAAAAAAAAUUGAACAGGAAGAAGAGAUAGGAGAUUUUUUGAGGCGAUGCAUUUCUAGCAGUUGCUUCCUAUCACUGUGGGUGCUUGAUCUGGAAAAUGUUUAUAAACCUAAGUUGCCUGAGGCACUAGGGGAACUAACUCAACUAAGGUACCUUGGCUUGAGAUCUACUUUCCUUGAGAAGCUUCCCUCAUCCAUAAGCAAGCUGCGGAAUCUUCAAACGCUAGAUAUAAAGCAUACCAACAUCAAAACUCUUCCUAUUUCAAUCUGCAAAUUACAACAGCUGCGACACUUGUACUUGAGUGAGGGCUACCGAAGUAAACUUAUGCUCCGACCAAGUACUGGUUCUCUUACAACCCUUCAGACGUUGUGUGGGCUCUUUGUAGAUGAGGAGACUCCAGUAAGAGAUGGCCUAAACAGGUUACUCAAUCUUAGAAAAUUGGGAUUGGCUAUGUCAUCUCAACCCAAGGCAAUGCCAUCACAAGUACAGGCAGUAACUGGCUGGAUUCUAAAUCUAAAGCAUCUUCAGUCUUUAAGGGUCAAAUCCAUUGAUGAUAAUAACCAGCCUUGGGAUCUAGAAUUGAAGCCUUUAACAGGUCACCAGAAUCUUUCAUGCAUUUUUUUGUUUGGACGGUUGAGGAAUCCAUCAAUUGUGUCUCAAUUCCCACCUAGUCUCAUCGACCUUACCUUAUCUGGAUCAGAACUUACAAAAGAUCCAAUGGAGUCACUGGGUAAGCUUCCCAACCUAAGAAGUCUUAAAUUGUUUGCCAAAUCUUAUUUAGGGAAGAGCAUGCAUUGCUCUUUGGGAGGCUUUCGUCAGCUUCGAGUUCUUAAACUAUGGAAGCUAGAUCAACUGGAGGACUGGAAGGUGGAGAAAGGAGCACUGCAAGCUCUACGAGAUUUGGAGAUCAGGUACUCUGAAAGGACCACCCCGACGCUUCCUGAAGAAUUGUUAGACAGGAGCCCUUUAUUGAAGAUUGAUGUUAAACUUGCUCAGCUGUGACAAGAUAUAUGGGGAAGAAACAAUGGAUGUGACUACCUGUUUGAAUGUUUUGGUCUACUUCUUCAUGUCGAGCUUUGCUUUUCAUUUCAAUGUUUUGAUAUUGGAGCAGAUAUUCAAAUUAUACUCGUGGAGGUGAGUUCUAAGUUACAACAAGUAAUGGAGCUCAUUUGGGAUUGGAUUUCUAUCCCUUCUGCUCAGUCUAUGGUUGUAUCCAUUAAUGGAUGCCUCAAAUGCAUAUUGUUGUGUAGUUGUUGGUAGAAUUUAUAACCUUUGUUUGUGAACUUCAUAAUCAGGACAUCAUAUACUCAAUGGAGUUCUAGGUUUGAAUGUUUUAA